AUGGUUAACGUUCCAAAGACCAGAAAGACUUAUUGUAAGGGUAAGGCUUGUCGUAAGCACUCCCAACACAAGGUUACCCAAUACAAGGCUGGUAAGGCUUCCUUGUACGCCCAAGGUAAGAGAAGAUAUGACCGUAAGCAAUCCGGUUUCGGUGGUCAAACCAAGCAAAUUUUCCACAAGAAGGCUAAGACUACCAAGAAGGUCGUUUUGAGAUUGGAAUGUAUGUCUUGUAAGACUAAGACCCAAUUGGCUUUGAAGAGAUGUAAGCACUUCGAAUUGGGUGGUGAAAAGAAGCAAAAGGGUCAAGCUUUGCAAUUCUGA